GUGCCGAGGCUGUGCUCUCUGUAGAGAGAGAGGGCUGAGGGCUGUCCUCCAUGUUUUAAUAAGCAUUGACAUUUCACACAAGUCUUUUUUAGCCAUGCAUCCACAGAGUUUGGCUGAAGAAGAAGUGAAGGCAGAAUCAGAUGUGAAUGAAGGGAUGGAGAUUGCCACACGAUCCAAAGUGUCUGAUUCAGCAUCCGCAGAGCGCACUGCCACUAAACGCAAAGUGCCCAGCCCGCCUCACUCUUCCAAUGGACACUCUCCUUCAGAAGUGUCUCCGAGCCCUGUAAAAAAGAAGAAGAAACCAGGAGCCGUCAACAACAGCAAAGAUCAGUCCGAACUAAGACAUGGUCCCUUUUACUAUGUGAAGCAGUCCGCACUCACCACAGACCCUGUUGAUGUUGUACCGCAGGACGGGAGGAAUGAUUUCUACUGCUGGGUGUGCCAUCGUGAGGGCCAGGUGCUCUGCUGUGAGCUCUGCCCGCGUGUCUACCACGCUAAGUGCCUCAAACUGGCCGCAGAGCCCGAAGGGGACUGGUUCUGCCCUGAAUGUGAGAAAAUAACUGUCGCAGAGUGCAUUGAGACACAGAGCAAAGCGAUGACGAUGCUCACUCUGGACCAGCUGUCUUAUCUACUCAAGUUUGCUCUCCAGAAGAUGAAACAGCCUGGUACAGAACCAUUUCAGAAGCCAGUGUGUCUUGAGCAACAUCCAGAUUAUGCUGAGUAUAUUUUUCAUCCCAUGGAUCUCUGCACAUUAGAAAAGAAUAUCAAAAAGAAACUGUAUGGUUCUACUGAAGCUUUCUUGGCUGAUGUGAAGUGGAUUUUGCACAACUGCAUUAUUUACAAUGGAGGAAAUCAUAAACUCACAGCAACAGCUAAGGUUAUUGUAAAAAUCUGUGAACAUGAAAUGAAUGAAAUUGAGGUCUGUCCAGAGUGCUAUCUUUCAGCGUGUCAGAAGAGGGACAACUGGUUUUGCGAGCCAUGUAGUAACCCCCAUCCCUUAGUGUGGGCCAAACUUAAGGGGUUUCCAUUCUGGCCUGCCAAAGCUCUGCGAGACAAAGAUGGACAAGUGGAUGCUCGAUUCUUUGGGCAGCAUGACAGAGCCUGGGUUCCGAUCAACAAUUGCUACCUCAUGUCUAAGGAGAUUCCUUUCUCUGUAAAGAAGACCAAGAGCAUUUUCAACAGUGCCAUGCAGGAGAUGGAAGUCUACGUUGAAAACAUUCGGAAAAAAUUUGCCGUCUUCAAUUAUGCCCCAUUCCGCACUCCCUACACACCCGACAAUCAGUUCCAAAUGCUUCUCGACCCAGCAAAUCCAGGUGCCGGCUCGGUCAAACCCGAAAAACAAGAGAAGAUCAAAUUCAGCUUUGACAUGACUGCAUCACCAAAGAUGCUGGUGGGCAAGAGCAUGAUGUCAGGAGGGAUUGGUGGAGGAGGAACUGGUAGGCGGAUCUCUAUGACGGACAUACCUCGUUCACCAAUGAGCACCAACUCCUCAGCCCACACUGGCUCUGAUGGAGAGCAAGAAGGUGGAGAAAAGAGCCAGGCCAAAGGUUCCCUACCCCAUCGCACUGGAGGAGAAGAGCCUCUGGAAAGCACAGCGUCCCCUGCUGCUCCUCGACCGGGUCCUGCGGGAAGUGCAGUGGACAGCCCUAAACCAUUCCAUUCUACUGCUCCCAGCACGCCCAUUAAACAGGAAAAAGUUCCCACCACAGGCAGCAUCCUAAAUCUUAACCUAGACCGUAGUAAAGCCGAAAUGGACCUAAAAGAGCUGAGUGAGACCGUACAGCAGCAACAGCAGCAGCAGCAGCAGGGGCCUCAGGCCUCACUCACUUCACCCAAGAGGCAAAUCAGAAGCCGCUUUCAGCUCAAUCUCGACAAGACCAUUGAGAGCUGCAAAGCACAACUGGGUAUAGAUGAGAUAUCUGAGGAUGUGUAUAAAGGUGUAGAACACAGCGACUCUGACGACUCGGACAAGUCUGACUCCAGCGAUACCGAAUACGCCAGCGAUGACGAACAGAAACCAAAAAUUAGCCAGGACACUUGUGCUGACGAUAAAACAGAGAAAGAACCAUCUAAAAAGAAGUCUAAACCAUCGCCACCUGUUAGUGAAGACAAGGACAGCAGCAUGGAAGCUUCGGGGACUCCUAGCACAGUGACCAAAGGUGAGACUUUGCAGAAAGCAGGAACUAGCAUCACUCCAGUGAAAGAAAAACCAGUUGUCGACUCAGAGAAAGAAGUGCCCAAAGCAGCACCAGUCUCUCCGAGUGCACGAGACAAGUCCAAGGCUACAGAGGAAGCCAGGCAAUCUGCAUCUGUUGAUGUAGACAUGGACUCAGACUCUGAGAGAGAGCUAGUGAUUGAUUUGGGGGAAGAACCAGGAGGAAGAGAAAGGAAAAGAAGCAGAAAAGACGCAGCCGCUGUCACCGCACUCAAAGAAACAACAGCUUCCAAGACGGAGGGUAAGGCCCCUGCGACAGGUAGUCUUGCCCAGUCUCAAAACCCUGUAGUCCCCUCCUCCACGACAGGCCUCAAAGACCCCUUGCAGUCUCCCAUGGCUAUUCCUCUAAAUGUAGUGGCUGUCCCCGCUGUUCCAAGCACCACUUCCCUCUCCUCUUCUGCAUCCCUCAACACCACUCCAUCAACAGCCCCGGCCUCCUCCUCCACCCCUACCAGCACAGUCAAAAAACAGCGACCCCUGCUGCCCCGGGAGACUGUGCCUGUGGUGCAGCGGGCUGUGGUGUGGAAUCCCACUGCUAAGUUCCAGACCUCCUCUCAGAAGUGGCACAUGCAGAAGGUGCAGCGGCAGCAGCAGAACCAGACACAGCCAGCAACUCAGACGCAGGUGUUAUCUCAGGCACAGCGUAGCCAGCUUCAGCAAGCGCAGUCUUCAUCUUCAGCACAGCAGCCUUCAUCCAGCACACGAUAUCUGACUCGACAGGCUGUUAAAGCUGUGCAGCAGAAAGACCCCCAACACAGCACCUCCACCUCUGCUGUCACCUUGGUUACCAGCGCGCCAGUGUCUGCAGCCAUAAUGGCAGGUGCUACAGUUAGUUCUUCCUCAUCAUCAGCAUCCUCCAUGGCAGGAGAUCUCCAGAUCCCCACCACCUCUGCUGAUGUGGCAGCUGACAUUGCAAAGUAUACUAAUAAAAUAAUGGAUGCAAUCAAGGGGACGAUGACUGAAAUAUACAAUGACCUCUCCAAGAGCACCUCAGGAAAUACAAUAGCAGAAAUUAGACGGUUACGGAUUGAGAUUGAAAAACUGCAGUGGCUACAUCAACAGGAGUUAUCAGAGAUGAAGCACAAUUUAGAACUGACCAUGGCAGAGAUGAGGCAGAGUCUGGAGCAGGAGCGAGAACGGUUGGUUGCGGAGGUAAAGAAGCAGAUGGAGGUGGAGAAGCAGCAGGCCGUGGAUGAGACCAAGAAGAAGCAGUGGUGUGCCAACUGUAAGAAGGAGGCCAUUUUCUAUUGCUGCUGGAACACAAGCUACUGUGACUACCCCUGCCAGCAAGCCCACUGGCCAGAACACAUGAAGUCCUGCACACAGUCUGCAACAUCGUCACAGCAAGAGCCCGAGACAGAAUCAAGCACAGACACCAUUCCCAAAGGUUCUGGGCAUCCUAACAAUGGUCAGGACUCGCCACGAGAGAUGACAACAGCCCCUUCCGCAGACAAGGACAGCGAUGUGGACAAGCCUAAGGACAAUGUUACUGUCAGUCUCUCCUAGCUCAGACACACAAACUCUGCUUUAGAACAGCACUUACACCUGCAUAACUGUACAAAAUCAUAGUUGAAUCCUUCACUACAGCAAAGUAUUUUUUAUUUUGUGUUUUCGUCUUGCCAGUCUGUGCUUUGGGAACUUUGAGAAUGCUGAUUUACUUUUCUGUAUCAAUAACAAUUCCAAACAGAAGUCAGCUGGAUCUCCCAUGUGCCACACAAAGCAUUUCUGAGGCCUAACUGAUUCUGGAUAUUUUAGACUCCAUAACUUCAUUCUAACUACUCUGAAAAUAGUACUGAAUUGAAAUUACUUGAUUCAAAUGUGUACCUCAUGUACACAUUAACCAAAUAUAUUACAUCUGUUUUUCCACAUAAAGCCAGCGUUGAAUGUCAAAAUGAAUCCAUACAAAGAUCGCUGAUUUUUACACAAAGAGUAAUAAUUCUAUGGUGCUUACUCCAUGAAAGUAGGAUUUUUGUAGCGUUAUUUGAACCCUAUUCAGCAUUAAUUGCUUCACUGAUGUAGAACUAUUUUUUCUCAGAACAUAAAUCUUAAUUUUACUGUCACUUAAUGCCUCACCAGCAAGAGUGAAGUUGUGGAGAUCUGAACACCUAGCAUCAGAUAUGAAAAAUAUGGUUAAAAAAUGUCUCUGUGUCAAAUAAUUAAGACCCAUUACUGAGGUGGCUUUAUAUCAUAAAGACCUAAAACAAGUCAUGUCUUUCACUGUGAAAGGGGUCAUGGUGAAGAGGCAGUUACCGUUAAUGUUACAUUUCCAUUACAGUUUCUAUUCUUUCCUUAUAAGCUUUAUAUGGGGGUGGAUAACAAAGAAAAAGGUAUGGGAUUUCAUUUUUAUUUUUAUUUUUUACAGUUGAUAGAUUUUAAAGAAUACUGGUUUAUAUUCAUAUUUAUGUUAAUUUAUCCAACAUUUUUGGUAAUAUGAAGCUCUAAAGACUAUAUUUUAUUUUGCCUAUGCAUCACUAAGACCAUUUGGAAAUCUCUUUGAAGAAAAUAAAAAAUGUUUCACCACUGUCUGAACAGAUUGGCCAUUAGGAUUCCAACUAUUUGGGGGUUGUUUUUAUCUUUUGAACCAAACUGUAUUUAAUAUGGUCAACAAGAUACAACCUUACUGUAUCACUGGAUAACAGUCUGAUUCUUGUUCAUAAUUCAGAAUGCAAAGCAUCUUUUUUCAUUUAAGCCUAAGAACAUUUUUUUGCCUUUAUCUGCACUCCUUCAUGUGCCCAUGUUGGUGUUCUGUUUUUGAAUGUUACGCAUCUGACUGAAUGGCAUCUGACCAGGCUGCUUUGUUGUUGUGUUUUUCUUUCCUUUUUUUCAGAUACAUUAUACUGUUUUAACCAUUGCAGUACAGUGACUACAUUUCAAAACUGCUUUUGCCAGCAGUCUUACUGUCCUGUUAAAUAACUCCUGAUUUAUCAUUCCGUUACAAUUCUGAACGUAACCUUUUAUUUUCCAUUGGGCUUAUAUGUUGAUCAAUCUUGUUACCAAAAUUGAGAAACUGUAAAAUACUGGUCUGUUGUUUAUUUUUAAAUGCCGUUAUUUAGAUUUUGAAGAAUAAUUACAGGACACAGACGAUAUCACCCUUUCAGCAGCCUCCAUAAUUUAACAUUGACUGUUGACUGUUGACAAUGGAUACAUUAUUCUUAACUCUAAAAAAAAGAAAAAAAGAAAGAAAACUAUACAGAGGAUUCGCUGUAUAUAUUACAAGAAAAGACAAAUGUUUACAUAUUGUACAUAAAUAAAGAUUUGGUGGUCUUACUGUU